ACACGGUUUUCUCUCUCUCAUUGCUCACACGGUUCUCUCUCUCACUGCUCAAACAGUUCUCUCUCUCAUUGCUCACACAGUUCUCUCCCUGACUGCUCACACAAGUCGACCUGGGACUGCUGUAUUCGACGAUGUGCCAGUCUGCCCAAGGCAGCCAUAGUCUCUCCACGUUCUCACUGCUCACACAGUUCUCUAUCUCACUGCACACACGGUUCUCUCUCUCACUGCUCACACAGUUCUCUCUCUCACUGCUCACACGGUUCUUUCUCAUUGCUCACACAGUUCUCUCGCUCACUGCUCACACAGUUC